AUGUUUGUUCAGAUCUAUGUCGAUGACAUCAUCUUUGGUUCUACUUGUCAACCUUUGGUAAAACAGUUUAUGGAAAGCAUGUCACAAGAAUUUGAGAUGAGUAUAGUGGGAGAGCUAAAAUAUUUUCUGGGGUUGCAAGCGGAACAAUCUGCUGAUGGGAUUUUCGUGUCUCAAAGCACCUAUGCCAAAGAGUUCGUACAACGGUUUGGAUUAGGGAAGAGUAAAGAAGAAAAGGUUCCUAUGGGUGUCAAUGACAAGCUUUCAAAAGAUGAAGGAGGCGAGGAUGUGGAUGAGCGACUAUACAGAGCGGUUAAGAAGAUCAUCAAGUACAUCAAAGGGACAAUGAACUUUGGUAUUUUCUACACCAAGGAUACCAACACCAGUCUAAGUGGAUACUGCAAUGCUGAUUGGACAAGAUCUGUGGAUGAUCGUCGAAGUACAAGUGGGGGAUGCUUCUUCAUGGGCAACAACCUGAUAUCGUGGCACAGCAAGAAGCAGAACAGUGUCUCCCUAUCAACCGCUGAGGCUGAAUACAUUGCUUUGGGCAGCUGUUGUACACAGCUUCUGUGGAUGCGUCAAAUGUCCUCCGACUAUGGUAUGGACUCUCAUACUUUGUUGAUUCAUUGUGAUAAUUUGAGUGCAAUAAACAUCUCUAAGAAUCCUGUUCAGCAUUCUAGAACCAAACACAUAGAUAUUAGACACCACUUUGUUCGUGAACUAGUUGAGGCGAAACUGAUCGAGAUUGACCAUGAACAUGAGUUAGGACAGAUCAUGGAAAUCCUGGAAUAUAUAGAAGAUCAACAUUCUGAAAAAAAAAUAGCUGUGGGAAAUAGCUGCCUGUCAUGCCGCUUGGAUGAGGAGCUUCACACUCCACCGUCUUCAUUGCCUCCACCGACUCCUCAUGUUUCGAUCAAUCCUACAACGGCGAUGGUUGUCUAUGAGCCCCGCAACGAGUCCACCACUGCAAUUCUGGCUCUGGUGGAUCCAAUCCUUCACCCUCCUACUUCGAGGGAAACCACGAGACUUGUGACUCUUCGUCAUCUCUGCCUAGAGAAUUGUCGCCUCGGUUUUCGGUUGUAG